AUGCCAGUGUGGGGCAGUCAGAAGGGGCGCGGGGGAGACGUGAGGGAGAGGGCGGAACAGGAUGCAGCCAAUGGGUACGUCCAGUUUGGCCUUGGCGGCUCGGUAUCCAACACCUCCCAGCAGCCUCCCUUCAGGAAAACAGGCCACGGUCCCCCAGCCCCGUCGCAGGUGGUGGCCAUCCGGCAGGAGCGCGCCGGGCAGACCAGCGUGUCGCUGCUGUGGCAGGAGCCCGAGCAGCCCAAUGGGAUCAUCCUGGACCCCCACCCUCACGCACCCCCUUACCCCACAGGGCCCCGUUAUGACACCCGGACCAUUGUCUGGAUCUGCCUGACGCUCAUCACAGGCCUAGUUGUACUUCUUCUCCUGCUCAUCUGCAAAAAGAGGCACUGUGGCUACAGCAAGGCCUUCCAGGACUCUGAUGAGGAGAAGAUGCAUUACCAGAGCGGGCAGGCGCCUCCACCUGUCUUCUUGCCCCUGCAUCAUCCCCCAGGGAAGUUACCAGAGCCCCAGUUCUACACAGAACCCCAUACCUACGAGGAGCCGGGUCGGGCAGGUCGAGGUUUCACCCGAGAGAUCGAGGCCUCCAGGAUCCACAUCGAGAAAAUCAUUGGCUCAGGGGAGUCGGGCGAAGUCUGCUAUGGGCGGCUGCGGGUGCCGGGGCAGCCAGACGUGCCCGUGGCCAUCAAGGCCCUCAAAGCGGGCUACACAGAGAGGCAGCGGCGGGACUUCCUGAGUGAGGCGUCCAUCAUGGGCCAGUUCGACCACCCCAAUAUCAUCCAUCUGGAGGGUGUCGUCACCCGUGGCCGCUUGGCAAUGAUCGUGACCGAGUACAUGGAGAACGGCUCUCUGGACGCCUUCCUGAGGAUCCACGAUGGACAGUUCACCAUCAUGCAGCUCGUGGGCAUGCUCAGAGGAGUGGGUGCCGGCAUGCGAUACCUCUCGGACCUGGGCUACAUCCACCGCGACCUGGCCGCCCGCAACGUACUGGUUGACAGCAACCUGGUCUGCAAGGUGUCCGACUUCGGGCUCUCUCGGGUGCUGGAGGACGACCCCAAUGCCGCCUACACCACCACGGGCGGGAAGAUUCCCAUCCGAUGGACAGCUCCGGAGGCCAUCGCCUUCCGGACUUUCUCCUCAGCCAGCGACGUGUGGAGUUUCGGCGUGGUCAUGUGGGAGGUGCUGGCCUACGGCGAGAGGCCCUACUGGAACAUGACCAACCGAGACGUCAUCAGCUCCGUGGAGGAGGGCUACCGGCUGCCUGCACCCAUGGGCUGCCCCCGAGCCCUGCACCAGCUCAUGCUCGACUGUUGGCACAAGGAACGGACCCAGCGGCCUCGCUUCUCCCACAUCGUCAGCGUUCUUGAUGCACUGAUUCGCAGCCCUGAGAGUCUCAGAGCCACGGCCACGGCCGGCAGGUGCCCGCCCCCCGCCUUUGCCAGGAGCUGUUUUGACCUCCGAGGGGGCGGGGGUGGCGGCGGGGGCCUCACCGUGGGGGACUGGCUGGACUCCAUCCGCAUGGGCCGGUACCGAGACCACUUCGCUGCCGGCGGUUACUCGUCCUUGGGCAUGGUGCUUCGCAUGGACGCUCAGGACGUGCGUGCUCUGGGCAUCACUCUCAUGGGCCACCAAAAGAAGAUCCUGGGCAGCAUCCAGACCAUGAGGGCCCAGCUGACCAGCACCCAGGGGCCCCGCCGGCACCUCUGACUCAGGGCAUAGGGCUGUGCCAGCUAUCAGAGGAGCGGUGGGCUCGGCGGCAGUCAGAGCAGCCCCAGGGCCCUGCCUGUACCACUCUCCAGAGCCAGGGAGGUGAAGACUCUGCUGUGGUACCUGGAGUCAGAAGGGUCAGUGCCUGGGCUGGGUCUUGGUGCCUAGCAUGGCCAGGACAGCUGCCUCUUCGGGCAGAGGGUUUCCCCUCUGUCAGAGCCUAGGGCCUCAGUGCAGAGUCCCACAGAGAUGUCACCACCGCCUCAUGUGUGUGUGUGCAUGUGUGUGUACGAGUGUGCCAUAGGGGUGUGCUGUCACGAGGUGGCGGGGACCCAUGUGGACACUGUGUGACCACCUGUGUGUCUGUGUUAUGGUGUGUGUACUCAUCUGUCGGGGCUGGCUGUGCUGUGUCAUGAAUCAGGAACUCAUUCAUGUAAGCAAGGCACUCAGUGUGGCGCUGCCCAGGUCCCAGCACCCGUGGGGACUGAGCAGAGGCUCUUGCCAUCCCUCUCUGGAGGUUGGAGCCAGGGGUUGCUUCUGAACCACACCAGCACCAGGCCUGCCUGGUCCCCACCUAGGUGAGCCCACCCCUGGCUGUAUCUCAGGUCCCGGGCCUCCCUCUAGCUGGGGGGCCACCUACAGCUUCCACCUGGUUCCCACUGCUGCCCAACAGGAAAACAGGGUUUCUGGCCAGUCUUCCUGGCCACCUCUCUCAUAGGUUUCAGGGCAGAGCACUCAAGACUGGACCGGGCUGCCUGGAUGGGGCCAAGGGGCCACUGACUACGCUCUGGUUCUGAUGCGCCCUCUGGGACCCAGGUCUCCUCCUGUAGAAGCCCCUUUGCCAACACCUCACUGCCCAGACCCACCCCACCCCCUGCCCCAUUCUUAGGGUCAGGGAAUAUAAGAUCUUAGCCCCAGCUCCCACUUCCUGUACCACAUGGGGAGACCUAGGCCUGGAGAGGGGUACACUUUGUCCAAGGUCACACAGCAACCGUGUUUCAGAAUUGGAGCCUCCUGCCUCCCAGCCCAGGGCUCUUUUCCCCAUGCACCUCCCCGGGCAGCCAGCUGGGGCGGGAGAAGCCUGGGAGCACCCCCCAGCUGACGGACCCUUCUCCUUACGGCCCACCAGGGUAUGUAAAUAUCUCUUUUCUACCAUGUUAGAAUAUUUUUUCCUCACUCCCGACAAUGCAAAAAUGGUCUUCAAAGCACAUAAAAA